AUGGCGAUUCAGUUGCCCAUUUUGGUGAUGAUGAUGAAAGAGUUGAGGGGGUGCAGUAGUUCUGAUGAUAACUCAGAGGAUCAGUUGUCGAUGCUACAUGUGGUUCAAGUAGAUAAUUUAAAUGGACGAUCAUUGCCAAGACGUCAAGAAAGCCAAGGACGGAGGACUGCUGGCUCAAAGAGCAGUCGUCCAACUACACAAGAUGAUGGAAAUAGAUGGAGUUCUCCAGCGUAUACUACUGAAGAUAUCCCAUGCCCCUCUUAUGUUAUCCCCACCUUAUCUAGGAAAAAUCCCGGAACGUUGACAGCUUUUGUCACUAAGGAAGAUCGAUUAAAAUAUUGCUUUUUCUCACUCGGAGUUAGGAGAAGAGGGUUUCGUACAUGUCCUCUUGUGUUAUGUGUGGACGACACUUUUUUAAAGACAAAAUACGGUGGGCAGAUGUUAUGUGCAGUCGCGUUAGAUGCAAAUAACCAUCUAUAUCCAGUUGCAUUUGGUAUUGUGGAUAGUGAGAAUCAUGAUUCUUGGAAGUAUUCCAUGUCAAAGCUAAAGGAAGCGAUUGGGGAAGUCGAGGACCUGGCAUUUGUAUCUGACAGGCAUGCAAGUAUUACACAUGCCUUGGAAACUAUUUUCCCCGAUGCCUAUCACGGUGCUUGCUACCACCACAUUAGUAUGAAUGUGGUUGCUAAAUUCAAGACUGAUCAUUGUCAUGUGUUGAUGUAUAAUAUAAUGACAAGCAAUUACGCUGAAAGUUUCAACAAUAAGACCCGGGACGCUAGGAGCUUUUCGAUAACUACAUUCGUCAAAUUUAUUCGCUUCACACUGCAGUCCUGGUUCUGUGAUAGGAGAGAAACUAACGAGAAGAAAACUACAACUCUUGCACUAACCUAUGAGGAAAAUUUUGUGGAUAUGGCUGAGAAAGCUCGAUUCUUGAUUCCUUAUGCAAUAGGGAGGCAUGAGUUCCAUGUGUUAGAUGGUGAGCUGAAUGGUGAAGUCGACCUCCUGAAUAAGACAUGCACAUGUGGCAUGUUUCAAAUUAUUGGUAUCCCAUGUGCUCAUGCACUAUCUGGAUCCCUUAAGCGAGGGGUGAACUUUUAUUCAUUGUGUUCAGAUUACUAUAAAAUUGAGACAUGGAGGUCCUCUUACACAGAAUCUAUAUAUCCUACUGGUAAUGAGGAAGAGUGGAUUGUUCCAAAUGACAUUAUGACAAUAAAAGUGAGAACACCUGCGCAGAAAAACCCGGUUGAUCAUCCAAAGAAGAAACAAGGUAGGCCUAAGACAAAACGCCUUCCUUCCAAUGGAGAUAAAUUGGUUGUACAACGCAAGUGCAGCACUUGUGGAGGUCUAGGCCAUAAUAGGGCAACUUGUAAAGUUCGUGUUUGA